AAAUCAGUUUUUGAGAAAGAGAAUAGAGAGAGAAAUAAGGUGUGCGCGAUUUGUUCCGAAGAAAAUAAAAAAUCUAUGGUGGGCGCAGAGGCGGGUAGAGUGAAGAGACGGUGGUGGAUCUGAUGAGCAAUUCGUGAAUCAAUCGAUUCGAUAAAGGAAGAGGCUAAGACUUGAUUUGAUAUGAUGAGGACCAUAAGUGGAUGGCGUCGCUUCCUCAUCCUCGUCCCUCUUCUUUUCUUUCUUGCUCACUUCUUCUCUGUUGAUCAAUUGCAUUACAACCCACGACCUGUGCUCAACAAACAAAGCAAAUUCAACCACUUGGUUCUCGGACCUGCUGCCGGCCAAGGCUUGACCAAUCGUCUCCAAUGCCAACCCCAAGGAAUUAAAGCUCUUAACAAAACCCAUUUCUCCUCUGCCACUGCCCCUGCACUUGAUAACAUUCACUUUGUCACCGUCUUCACCCUAUAUAAUUCCACCCCUCCCGAUGAUCAGUUAUCAAACUUGGUUACAGUUGGCAAUGCUUCUUACACUAAAUUGGAGAGGUCUAUGACCAUUCUCAAUAUUUUCGUUAACUUCAUCCAGGUGGCAAUGCCCCGGAGCAAUGUAGUGAUUUUAACUGACCCAGCAUCUGAUCUUUCAAUGCACAGAAAUGGGGUCACCAUAUAUCCAAUUCAAGGUGAAUAUUCGCGAGACAAGUUGAUGCUUCAAAGAAUCAGGUCUUACAUUGCCUUCCUAGAAACAAGGAUGGAGGAGGUUUCUCAGAACCAAGGUCAUAUUCAUCAUUACAUCUUCACCGACUCAGAUAUAGCCGUGGUUGAUGAUCUAGGACAUAUAUUUCAUGAUUAUCCAAAUUUUCAUCUGGCACUGACCUUCCGGAACAACAAAGAACAACCUCUGAAUUCAGGAUUUAUAGCAGUCAGGGGUACUCCUGCUGGCAUUUUAAGGGCAAAGACUUUUCUACAAGAAGUACUGAAAGUUUACAGGUCAAGGUACAUGAAAGCUUCACGGAUGCUUGGGGAUCAGUUGGCCCUUGCCUGGGUGGUCAAGUCACACCCAUCUUUUGAUCCAAAGAAAUUCACUAAAGCCCAAGCUUUCAUAGAAGAUAUCGGCGGUGCUGCAGUGUUAUUUUUACCCUGUGCUGUAUACAAUUGGACACCACCAGAGGGUGCAGGUCAAUUUCAUGGCAUGCCCUUGGAUGUUAAGGUCAUUCAUUUCAAAGGAUCAAGGAAACGACUAAUGCUCGAAUCAUGGAACUUCUUCUGUGCAUCUUCUGACAUUUCAGAUAUGUUGUGUCUGAUAUUGAAGAGUGGGAGAACGAAGUACGAUUUUUAACCAACUCGAUUUUGUUUAACAUAGUUAUGAGUGGUACCUACAACAAAUUCCAUUGAACUACCUGCUGAUCUAAUUUGAAGAAAGGAAGUAUGCUCUUUACCGCUCACAACAAAUGGCAGCACAAGGUAACUACUUUCUCGUCAGCAAGGUUAUGGUGGCUGCAUCAAAUGCUAUUUCAUGUGUGCUGGAUGGAUUUGAUAGAGAAAAGGCAUGGUUACUGGUGUCUACUU